CAUUAUGGACACUCAAUACAUACAGAUGACAGUCAUAUGGUGUUUUUGGACUAUGGGUUUAGCAGCGGAUCUACGAUGCAAUGAUAUGUAUGAAAAAGAUGGCAGAUGUUGUGAACUUUGUCCACCAGGCACAUUUUUGAAGAAGCACUGCACCACUCAUGCCAAAACCGACUGUGGUGACUGCCCAGCGGACUCCUACUCUGAGUUCAGUGACCGUGUAGAGAACUGUCAACCAUGCCUCAAAUGCCAACAGGUCUAUGCAAGAGCAUGCACCUCAACCGCAAACGCAAACUGUUUGUGUGGCUCUGGUUUCCUGUGCUCAGACCAUGUCUGCUCAAAUUGUGAAAAGGAAAAGAAAUGCCACAAGGGAGAGGAACUGAAGAGAACAGGUUCCAGGGAAUACACUUGGAAAUGUGUCCCAUGUCCUAAUAACACAUACUCUGACACCGAACAGGGUCACUGCAAACCAUUGACACAGUGUGAUACACAUGGAUUUAUUGUGAUCUUCCCUGGGAACAAGACCCAUAACUCAAAAUGUGGUAUACAUGAGCAAGGAAACAAAGAGGACGGGCAUUACAUUCUGGCCAUUGGCUUCUUCUUCUUUGGUGUCGUCCUCUUGGUGUUCCUCACUUAUGCCUGCAUCAGGAGAAUCAGGCACAAGCCUAACGCUAAUAUACAUGGCUUCCCACUGUCAAAAGAGGAGAGUGGAAGCCAGCUCAUCCUGCAGGCUGAAACCAAGGACAAUGCCAGCCAGAUUCUGCUGUCCAUGGCGAGCAUCUCCACUGUGUGAUAUCUUACAUCUGCUUGCAGGAUUGUUUUGACUUCAGGGUAGCAUGUCAGCUAGUCCUGAAUGACCAAAUGCUACUUCUACAAUUUGUUUUGCAGUUAGCCUGCUUUAAUUUCCUUGUCUCUUGUAAUCUUGUUUGUUGCUAUUUCGUGUAUUUGUGCAGUCUUUCAUCAAUACUAAGUAUUAUUUUAUAUAGCUUUCUUAUUUUUUUGCACAAUUAAUACUGUUUUUACUCUUUCUAAAGAAUCCCAACAUUUAGCUUUUUUUAUUUAACCUUUAUUUUUUACAGUUUUUUUUCACAUUAAGAUAACAAUCUAUUUUUCAAGAGAGACCUGGUCCAACAGCUACAGGGGGGACAAAGUUUCAGGCAAAACAUCUUACAACAUUUAACAAAACAUUAAACACACAUACAGUAACACAAUUACAUAUUACAUAAAAAAACACAAAUGUCAUAACUAAAAAACAUCUGUCCUAACGACAAUUACAUUUUAUGAUAUUUACAUCGACCAAGUGUUUAAACUCCACCAACGUGACUAGAUCAUCUAAUUUUAAAAUGUUCAGGAGAUAAUUCCAGGACAACGGAGAUGAGUAACUAAAACUAUUUAGACCAUGAUCUGUUCUAAUUCUUGGUACUGCAAGAAAGCAAAUGAGAAUAGGACCGUAAUCUAUAUUUAUUUGCUGACCUGAUUAAAAAAGAACAGAGAUAGUGACAUUAUACCCAAUAUGGACUUUUAAAUCAGUGUAUACCUGUGUUUAAGACUACGCAAGGUCAAUGACGACCUGCCAACGGCGCAGUAGAGAUCACAAUGACAUGUUAGACGUUUUUGAUUGGUAAUGAACCUGAGGGCCUCAUGAUAUGCUGAAUGAAGUGCUCUCAGGGUAGUAGUUGAGGCCUGUAUAUAUACACAGUACCAGUCAAAAGUUUGGACACACCAACUCAUUCAAAGGUUUUUCUUUACUUUUCUAUUUUCAACAUUGUGGAAUAAAAGUGAAGACAUCAAAUGUAUGAAAUAACACAU